CCAGCCGCAUCCCGAUAUAAGGAGGGUCGCCGCGCCCUACACCUCACAUCGCACUCUCCCUCCAUCACAAGCACCAUCUUCUCCUCGUCCUCCUUCUGUUGCGUCAUGAAGUGUGCUGUGGCGUCGGUAGUGGUGGUGGUGGUGGCGGCGGCGGCGCUGGGGGAAGCGCGGCCCUCCGACACGGUGUUCAAUUACGAGGGCCAGGACCACAAGCACUACCAGAAGGGCGAGACCGGCAGGAAGGUGGAGGGCUACUACAGUUGGUUCUCGCCUGAGGGGCAGGAGUUCUACGUGAAGUACGUGGCGGACGAGCUGGGCUACCGCGUGCUGGAGUCCAACGCGCUGCCCGUCAGCUCCUGGGGCGCCACGCCGGACGGACACCAGGGUAAUCUCGAGCCUUACCAUGGUGACGCGCAGGCCGCCGACGCCGCCCACUGACCACCCCGCGUUCCCUGUCCGCCCACACCUCCUAUUGACCUCAACCUGCACGCCCACCAAGCCCCCCACCCUCCUACUGAUAUAUCCACUCCCCUGCCCGCCCACUGACCCGCCUGCGCCACCUGCUCGCCCAUCAACCAGUCUGCCCCGUCCACGCAGCCCGCCCAUACACUGAACCGCCCACGCCGUCUGCCUGUCCACUGCCACGCUCACGCCCACUACCUUCAUGCCGCUACUACCCCGCCUGCGUAGCCUGCCCGCCCAUCCAUCCCGUGCUUCCCGCCCACACCUUUCAACAGACCACUAGAGGCCUGGCGGACGGACUCACUCGCGCUCACAACGGCCACAGUGAAUGAAUAAAGAAGCACACUGUUUACGUAGCUCCAAUAAAUAUGGCA